AAAAAAUUUUUUUUUAUCUAAAAAUUGUUCAGAAAAAUUGUAUCUAACUUGGCAUUCCUUAGCAAAUCAAUGCAAUUAAAAUGAAUCAAUUAUAUUUGAAACAAGUAUCUAUCUUUCAACAUCUUUUCAAUUUAAUCGACAAAGACCAAGAUGGACACAUCACACGUGAGGAAUUUUGUGUUGUCUUGCGUUAUAUUGUUCCCAACUCAACUGAGGAAGAGGUGCAAGAUAUAGUGAAUAAAGUUCAGACCGAUGCGAGCGGUAAAAUGGAUUUUCAGUCAUUCUUUAAUUUUAUUGAAUCUAAAAUAAAGCAAUUCGAAACUGACGACGAUUUAUCUGAAGUUUUUCAUAUAUUGGAUAAGGAUUCCAAUGGUUAUAUCACAGCCAAUGAGCUUGGAAUGGUUGUUAAUAAUCUAGGCCAAAAAUUAACUGAGGAACAGCUAACUGAGAUGAUAAAUGAAGUCGACACCGAUGGAGAUGGACAAAUAAGCUAUGAAGAAUUUAUUAAUAUUAUGAGAGGAACCGAUGAUAAAAAUUAUAGUACAAAGCAAUAAAAUUAUGAUUUUCAGUGUUGGAGUAAUAAGUUUGUAGAUAAGUCUUUUCCAUCAAACUAAUGAGUUUCACUUCUGUCUCAGUGUGUCAUUGGUCUAUAUUGAAAAGACAAUUGCUUCAAGAUAUUUGGAAAAGAAGUUAUUCUAUUAAAUUU